AUGCCCGGCGAGAGCAUUCCCGUACGAGCUGGCACCGUCGGCAGCGAGCAGACCCAGGACAAGGUCAUGUGGCUCGCGCUGGGCCUCUGCAAGGCGCUCGUGCGGGCUGUCUCGCAUCUGGGCUUUAUCGCCCCUACACCAGUGCAGGCGGAGGCCAUCCCCGCCGCCCUGAGCGGGGUCGACGUGUGCGCACGAGCCGUAACCGGUUCCGGCAAGACCGCCGCCUUCCUCCUGCCUAUGCUGCACUUCCUCCUCACCCAACCUCCGCGGAAGGCCACAACGCUACGAAGCAAGCGACGCUACGUCCGUGCGGUGGUGCUCCUGCCGACGCGGGAGUUGGGGACGCAGUGCGAGAGCAUGCUCAAGCAGCUCCUGCAGUUCACGACGGGUGUGAGUGUGGCGUUGGUCAUCGGCGGGGUCGCGCCGUCCGCCCAGCAGGCGGCGCUUGAUGCGGUGCCGGAUGUCCUCAUUGCCACCCCUGGUCGUCUGGUGGACAUCCUGCAUAACAGCAGCAAGAAAGGCGGUGGCGUCGACCUCUCCGGGGUGGAAGUAGUGGUCAUAGACGAAUGUGACAAGAUGCUGACGGCGGUCUUGCGGCCGCAGGUUGAGGAUAUACUGAAGAGCAUUCCCGAAGAGGGUCGGCAGGUACUUCUUUUUUCAUCCACCAUGACUGAAGAGGUGGACGCUUUUGCAAACGAAUACCUCUUUAAACCGCAUAAUGUUGAUAUUGGUCACAUCGCGCUCCAGUCUAAGCUGCACCAGCAAUUUGUGCGUGUGCGAAUCCCUGAGGUGGUUCCUUCUCACGGCAGCGACGAAGCCGAGGGCGAUACCACGGACAGGGAUCGAAAGAAACGAAUUCGCUCUAAACGCCUGCGAGAGGCCGAGCGCGAGGGGAUGGUGAUUCAAGGGGGGGAGGCUGUAUCCCACUCCGAGAUGGAGCUGGAGCACGUGACGAAAACCAAGUCGCGCUAUCUUGUCGCGAUGUGCCAAAACUACUUCAAGGGCCAAACGAUUAUCUUCUGUCGAUAUCGCUCUACGUCUCAUCGCUUAGUACUACUAUUCAACCUGCUGGAUCUUCCUGCGGUGGAAAUUCAGGGUAACCAAACCCAAGAUGAACGCUUUGCUUCGUUGGAAAAGUUCUCAUCGGGUGCCGUUCGCUACUUGAUUACUACAGAUGUGUCUUCUCGAGGACUCGACAUUAGGGAUGUGUCGACGGUCAUUAACUUUGAUCUACCGCCUACGCUUACGGCGUACAUUCACCGUGUAGGCCGUACUGCACGUAUUGGUGAAUCGGGCACGGCCGUUUCUCUCGUAGAUGAGCGCCGUGAUGCGGAUAUCAUGCGCAAAAUUUUGGCGGUGAGCGGUGCCGUUAACCGUCACCAGGUGUCUUCUGUCAAACGACGCGACAUCCCUGAGGAGUUGCUGAAAAAGGCCGAGGCGGAUAUUGAUGGCGUUUUCUCAGUGGUGCGCACUCAGCUUGCAGCGGAGCAGCUGGAACAGCGCAUUACCGAUGCGGAAAGGCGCUAUGCGGGUGGGAGUAGCAUCUUAGACCGCAUCACUGCGAAACCGAAGAGGGAGUGGUGCCUGAGCCGUGAGGAACGCAAGCGGCGCGAGGCAGAGGCUCGUCAACUUCACGAGAAGGAAGCCGAGGUAACUAUGCGUUACUUCCAAGACGAGCUUUCACAACUUGAGCGGGAGGAGAUGGGGCUGCUACGGGAUCAGAAAAAGCGACGACGAGUGGAAAAGGAGAAGAAGGCUGCCGAAAAGAAUAGGGCGAAGGAGAAGGCGCGUGCCUUGCGGCAAAAGAGCGAGAAGAAGGUCCAGGCGGGAGUUGUAAAGAAGCUCAAGCGCCGAAAACUCCGGGAGGCGGCAAGAGAGAAGCGCGCAGAGACGCGUGUCAACAAGAAGCUUCGCCCAUCUAAGGGCCGCGACGGCAGGAAGAGUAGUAAGAGGUCUCGUCAUACUAAAGGGAUGAAGAAACAUUAG